UGGUUCACCCAUGUGGACGUUGCAAACUGUCAACAUUGCCGUGCAUCAACUCUUGAGAGCUGAAACAGUAUUUCUUCGCUCACCAAACUCCUCUCGACUUUUUUUUAUGUACAAUCAUUGUACCUCCUUUUUCUUGGAAACUACAUCUCCCAGCCAAGCAGCCGUCAACAUGAAGGUAGUCGGAUCUACGUGCGCACUGAAAAGCAAGGUCGGCGGCGAGGACAUGGUGCGCUGCCUGUCCGACCAGAGUCUGGCCAUCUCCAAGAUGUCCAAGAUCCCGCUGCUGGACGAGCAGAUGAGCGUCUUCCUGCAGGACAUGAACAGCUGUUACAGCAAGCUGAAGGAGCUGGUGCCCACCCUGCCCACCAACAAGAAGGCCAGCAAGGUGGAGAUCCUGCAGCACGUCAUUGACUACAUCUGGGACCUCCAGGUUGAGCUGGACGAGCCCGAGAAGAGCCGUCAUGGCUCAGGGCUACCCCGCACGCCGCUGACCACCCUCAACGCGGAGCUGGCCAGCAUUUCAGUCGAGAACGGCUGCUCAGACGACAGGAUCAUGUGCCGCUAAAGACAGAGAGACACACAGAGACACACACCGAGCAUCGCUUCAGCAUUCCGAGAAGAGGCGAGCCAAGUGAAGAACCGAACAAGGCUGACUGGCGUGACCCCGAUGAACCACGUCGAAAACCCAACCUUGAACAGCUUAGUAGGGACGUUUGAAUAGCCCACGCUAGACAGUAUACUCCGUGGACCUUCUCCCGAGGCCCGCCAUUCGUCGAGAGCUGGAGAAGGAGAGUGGGGGGGCCCAAUAGACUGGGUUGGCCCCCGGACACCAUGGCGGUUUAUAGGCUGCACUGGAGCAAGUUGUUUGCUUGUAGAGCUGCAGAAGAAAAGUCUAAAAAGUUACUGUUACGUUUUUGUAUCUUGUAAAACCUUUUUUUUGUCGAAAAAUGUUUUUUUGUAAAAUGAAAAAAUCAUGCUCAGAAUUCUGAGCGAAAAAUUGUAUUGUAUAUUACAAUGUCACAUUAUGUGAAAGAAUAUAUUGUUUCUUGCAAUGUAUGUUAUUGGUGUUUUUAUUAAAACAAGAUUAUUUUUUAUCAAGUAUACCUGUGUUGGU